AUGGAUGUUGGUGAUGGCGGCUACGCUGACAAGGCAUCAGGACGAAAAUGGACUGCAGAGACGAGAACUGUGGUCUUCAGCGCAACGAAGGCUGUUGGAGCGCUUUGCGUCGCGAUGCUGGUGGAUCGGGGACACAUUUCUUACGAGGACAAGAUGAGCAAACUCUGGCCAGAAUUUGCUCAGCAUGGCAAGGAGAACAUCACCAUCGACUGGCUCAUGAGCCACAGGGCAGGUCUAGCAGCCCUGGAUGAGCCGAUAUCGAGGGAAGAUGCGAAAGAUUUCGAGAAAAUGGCUUAUGUGCUCGCUAAACAAAAGCCAAACUGGGAACCGGGAACGAAAAGCGGAUACCAUGCCAUCACUUUCGGGUGGAUUGUUGACCAAAUUGUGCGACGAGCCGAUCCCAAGGGCAGAUCAGUGGGACGUUUCUUCAAGGAGGAAGUAGCCGACAAAUACGGAAUCGAUUUUCAUAUUGGACUUCCAAGUUCCGAAGAGCAUACGGUGUCAGGACUUUCUAUGCCGUCUACGGCUCAUCUCCUGAAAGAGAUUGUUCAUGACCCGAGAGUCCUAAUUGUUCUCGGCAUCCUCCAUCUCCGACCUCCAACUUCAAUCGCAAGAAAAGUUCGUGAAAAUCCUCAAUGGUUCAAAUUGGAGCAGGAUACACCGAGUAGCCUGAACUAG